GUAUCUGGUGACGUAACAUCGGAUGGGCGGCAACUUGUUUUUGGAGUUGCUGAAAUCUCAGAGCUUUGAGUUUUUCAGUCAUAGUUACAGACAUUUGACUGAAAUAUGGAGUCAGCAGAUCCAUGUUUGUGGAGUUGCUGAUAUUUCAGAGCUUCCAGAUUCUCACUCAUAUUUACAGGCUGAGAGAUUAAGGUUAACCUGGAAGCUUCAGGUAAAUCAGGCUUUGGGUUUCGGAAAUCUGCAGGAAUGAACACCAUGACGGAAGGGCACGCAAUGUUUGCCCCACCCGUGGCGGAGUAUGCAGGCCCCAGCGCUCCGCCGGCUGGUAUGUUUGACAACAUGCCUGGAUAUGAAGGCACGAUGGCGGGAGGAGGUGGAUUUCUUCCACCUCCCAUGCCUGCUCAACCAGUCCCCCAGCCUUCACCUGGACCUGAACAACCACACUGGAAUAUCCCAUCUAUAACUGAAGAGACUGCCAGGGACGCCUUUAGCCUCUAUGUUUCCAGCAAAUGUUGCUACAGUUCUGCACCUGCAAAGGAGGGCGUCAUCAUCAACAUGGAGUCAUUCAAUACUUACAGGUAUCGCCUAGAAACAUUUACUGAGUCCAGGUCUACGGAGUGGAGCCAUGAGCCAUACAACGGCCAGCCAGUGGAUGCCUAUGCUCAGCACCCUCCAGGACCGUGGGACAUUCCUGCCAAAGCACCCACUUUUUUUGUGGACGGCGAACAGAAAAUGAAGGUUCCCUACACCUCAUCUAUGAAGCCUUGCCAUGAUUGUUUAGGGAGCGGGAGGAAACCUUGCAAAGACUGUGCAGGCUCUGGUAAUAAAGUGUGUUGGGUGUGUAAUGGAUCUGGUUUUCGUCAUGGAGAUGAUCGUUGCCACCACUGCAGCGGAAGAGGGAGGGAAAAUUGUGGACACUGUCAUGGGCAAGGAUCAAAGCAAUGUGCCACAUGUAAUGGAAAACAGCAGCUUUUGGUCUUCAUCAGCCUCAGAGUGAAAUGGACAAACAACUCUGACAAUUAUGUUGUUGAACAAUCGAGCGGUCUUCAGGUAUCGAACCUCAGUCAAGUGUCAGGCAAGGAGCUCUUCAGGGACUCUCAGUACUUGGUGUAUCCAGUCAUGGGCUUCCCAGACCCUACGGUGGUGCAGGCUGCACAGCGACUUGUUGGGGAUCAUCAGUGCAAGUUCUCACAGACAUCACGUAUUCUACAACAGCGUCAAACCAUUGAAUUGAUUCCCGUCACAAAGGUCACCUACACAUGGAAAGGAAAAACAUAUGUUUACUUUGUGUACGGAAAGGAGUUCAAAGUUCAUACGGAUGACUAUCCUGCUACCUGCUGCUGCUCUGUAAUGUAACUGAGAUGAAUGUAACAUUCUGAUUAUACAAAUAAAUGUCAGAAAUCAACUAUUUACAAAACUUUUUACAACAAAGAAGAGACAUUUUUGAACGGGGAAUUAAAUUACUGUUGUCAAAGUUGAAAUUAGGCAAUCUGGAAAACUGACUGGUCAUUUAACAAGUCCAUAAUUGUGUGUCUUUCUCAGAAAUUGACUAAAUAUAUUUUCUUCCAGCUUUAAAGGGACCAUUUUCUUAUCUGCACACCAUGUAGAAGACAGUAUUAAUGUUGAUUUCAGGCUAAGUUGAUACAAAUGUGUGACGACACUAUUUCGUUUAAGAAUAUCUACUAAUUUAAAGGUUUUGAAACCACCUGUGCUGACAUUUCAAAGUAAGGCAAUUUAAGAAAUAGAGCACUAUGAAGUGCAUUGACACAAUUUAAAAACCAAAAAACUGGGAAAGCAUCCAUUUUGUAUUUUUUUCCACAGGAGUACAAAUUUAUUUCCUGAAUUUGUACAAAUUCAUGGGGAUGUUCCAUGAUGACAUUUAUGUUGUCUGUGAUUUAACAGAUUUUCUUCUACUUUUGAUUGUGGUGGACUUGGUUGUAAAAAAAAAAAAAAAACUUUAUUUGGGAUAAGAUUUAAUUGCAAAAACAUAUGUUUACUUUGUGUACGGAAUUUUGCAUUUAUGAAAGUUUAUGGAGCUUUAUGAAAUACUUCACAUUUAAUAUUUAAUAUUCAUAAAUGUACUCUUAACAAUCACUGGCACAUGUAUUCUGAAGGCAUUUCAUUUUAACAUUAUGCAAAUAUUUUACAACAAUGUAUUUCGUGUUAUGACGCUUCUAUGAAAUUUUUUGCAUUAAAAUAUAGGCUAUUUUUACAAAA